AUGGCCUCCAAAAUAAUUGUAAUUGGUGGCGUAAACUGCCAGCUCCGAGAAGUAUUCACGAAGCUGGCUAAACUUCACGUGAAGCAAUCUUUCUCAUUCGCGAUUGUUGUCGGCGACCUAUUCGGCGACUGCUCGACAGAGCAGGAACUGGAUGAGAUCUCUGCGCUGUUCCAAGGGAGUAUCAGCGUGCCACUCCCGACAUACUUCACCUUGGGUAGUCGGCCUCUUCCCACCAGGGUAAUCGAAAGAAUCGAGGCCAACGACGAAGUUUGCCCGAACCUCUAUUUCUUGGGCAAACGCGGCACUCUGAAAACCUCUGAGGGCAUCCGGCUCGUCGCUCUAGGCGGCUACCUGGAGACAGAAAGCCAAUCCUCCGACAAGUAUCACCCAGGCUACACAGAGUCAGAUGCCAGGGCACUCUACGGCGCCCACAGCGCCGACAUCCUCAUCACCCAUCAAUGGCCGAAGGGGAUCCGCACACGCUCCCAAGUCCCGAUCCCAGAUGAAGCAACCAAGCCCGAAGAAGUGCAAUGCAUCGCAGACCUCAGCUCAACCCUGAAACCUCGCUACCACCUCUCAUCAGCGCCCGAGUUCUUCUACGAACGAGAACCCUUCUUCCACAUGCCCCCGGAAGACAACCCGGACGCCAAACCCCUAACCCGCUUCAUCAGCCUCGCAUCCUACAACAACCCCUCCAAGCAAAAAUGGAUGUACGCAUUCACGCUCGACCCCAAAACCCCCCACCCAUUAACCAUCCCUACCGGCGCAACCGCCUCCCCCCUGGCCCCCGUCCUAACCAAACGCAAGCCCCUCUCCAGCCAAAAAGAAUCCUACAGCCGCUUCGCCAUCGACGACGAGGGCAGCAAUCGCCCCCGCAAGCGUGCCCGCGGGCCCCCACCAGGCCCCGACCAGUGCUUCUUCUGCCUCUCCAACCCCAACAUCGCAACCCACCUCAUCACCUCCAUCGGAAACGAAGCCUACCUCACAACAGCCAAGGGCCCCCUCCCCACCUCCAAGACCUUCCCAACCCUCGGCUUUCCAGGCCACAUGCUCAUCAUCCCCUUCACCCACACCCCAACCCUAUCCAGCAUCCCAGACGAGGACUCCCGCCUCGCAACCUACAAAGAAAUGCACCGCUACCGCCAAGCCCUGCACUCCAUGCUCAAAUCCAAAACCAACUCCUCCCUCGGCGCCGUAACCUGGGAAGUCAGCCGCGGAAACGGCAUCCACACCCACUGGCAAUUCCUCCCCGUUCCCGGCGACCUAAUCACCCGCGGCCUCGUAACCGCCGCAUUCAAAGUGGAAGCGGAGAACCUCAAAUACCCCAAGUUCGAGUCUCCGUCGUCGACUGACCCCAGCGCCGAACCGGGCGAUUUCUUCCGCGUCUGGAUUUGGGGUCCGAACAAGAAUUCUGACUCUGACGCUGAUGCUGGUGCUUCUUCGGGGGAGACGGAGAGAAUGCUGCUCUUGCCGCUUGGCCCGGACUUCAGGUUUGAUCUCCAGUUCGGACGGAGGGUUAUGGCGAAGUUGAUGGAGCUUGAGGGCCGGAUUAAUUGGAAGAAUGAUGUGCAGUCGCAGGAGGAAGAGGAGGCUGAUGCUACUGCUUUUAAGGAUGCGUUUAAGGAGUUUGAUUUUACUUUGGAAGAAUGA